AUGGAGGCGCCCCCUUUGCGCGAGGAGGAGGGGGAAGAGGGGGAUGGGAACGAGGCGGGGCCCGAGGGGGCCCUGGGCAAGAGCCCCUCCCAGCUGACAGCCGAGGACGUGUAUGACAUCUCCUACGUGAUGGGCCGCGAGCUGAUGGCCCUGGGCAGCGACCCCCGCGUGACACAACUGCAGUUUAAAAUCGUGCGGGUCUUGGAGAUGCUGGAGGCGCUGGUGAACGAGGGCAGCCUGGAGGCGGAGGAGCUGCGGAUGGAGAGGGACAGCCUGCGGCAGGAGGUGCAGGCGCUGCGCGGCGGGGGCGCGCCGGCCGCCGGGGAGGUGAACUUGGGGCCUGACAAAAUGGUAGUGGACCUGACAGAUCCCAACCGACCCCGCUUCACGCUGCAAGAGCUGAGGGACGUCCUGCAGGAGCGCAAUAAACUCAAGGCACAGCUGCUGGUGGCCCAGGAAGAGCUGCAGUGUUACAAGAGUGGCCUGAUUCCACCAAGAGAAGGUCUAGAAGGAAGAAGACAAAACGAUGCCCUGGUUGCCGGGGCCGGCAAUGCCAGCGCUAACAAGGAGGAGAAGACCAUCAUAAAGAAGCUGUUCUUUUUCCGGUCAGGGAAGCAGACAUAG